GGCCGGAAGUGGGGGUAUUGCUGUUUGGAGACCGAGUUUGUCCCGUCAGACAGAGAGUAACCGCAGCCGGUGACCGGGUCGGAGAUCUCCGCUCUCCCUCCCGGCAACAUGAGUUUCCUAUUUAGCAGUCGAUCAUCAAAAACAUUUAAACCAAAGAAGAACAUCCCGGAGGGAUCGCACCAGUACGAACUCUUGAAGCAUGCAGAAGCUACUCUUGGAAGUGGGAACCUCCGUCAGGCUGUUAUGCUACCAGAAGGAGAAGAUUUAAAUGAAUGGAUUGCUGUUAACACUGUGGAUUUCUUCAAUCAAAUCAAUAUGCUGUAUGGCACAAUUACAGAGUUCUGCACCGAAACCAGCUGUUCAGUAAUGUCUGCUGGACCCAGGUAUGAAUACCACUGGGCAGAUGGUACCAACAUAAAGAAACCCAUCAAGUGUUCAGCUCCAAAGUAUAUUGAUUAUCUGAUGACUUGGGUUCAGGACCAGCUCGAUGAUGAGACCCUCUUUCCUUCAAAGAUUGGUGUUCCAUUCCCUAAGAAUUUCAUGUCUGUGGCAAAGACUAUCCUGAAGCGCCUGUUCAGGGUCUAUGCUCACAUUUAUCACCAGCACUUUGAUUCUGUGAUGCAGCUACAGGAGGAAGCUCAUCUCAACACGUCAUUUAAACAUUUCAUUUUCUUUGUACAGGAGUUUAAUCUGAUUGACCGCAGAGAGCUGGCACCUCUUCAAGAACUGAUUGAAAAACUGGGGUCCAAAGACAGAUAGAUUUGCCAGUCUGGGAAAUUCCUUUCAUCUGGUCACAGUAUGGUUUCCUCUCUCACCUUCCAGCUCUCAUCUCUGUUAUAUAACCAUUAGUGACUUGAAGGGAAAUUCGGAUACCACUGAAUGGGGGAUUCUUCACAUAGGGGUCUUUCCUGUUUUUUGUUUUUUUUAUCUAGACUAAGUGACAGAUUGCCUUGCAUUAUUUUUGUAUGAACUGUUUUAUAGGAAUGCUUUAAAGGAACACUCCACUAAAGCUGCCAUGAUUUGUCUGCUUCUCACCCUCCACAGAGGAGUGGAAAAAUAUUUUGAUUUCAGCCAUUUUAACUUUUGCUCCUCAGGUGGAAAUAUGAUUGAACAUUGUGUACCACUGCUUUAGCUUUUCCUAUGCACCCUUUGUUGUUUCAAGUGUUGUCAAAUGUUCCAAGGAAUUUGAUAAGUUUGGUUUAAAGCAUGUAAAGAUCUAGAAAGUUAAGUAAAAAUGGAAGUUUCAAACAUUUAAACUAUAUGCAUUAUGGUUUUAAAGUUGAAAUCCUCCUACCGGCAAUAUGGGCCAUUCUCUUCCACAGUGAUCGUUAGAAAUGCUGCUUGCUAGUGUUGAAUAAAUAUAUGCAGGGGUGACUUUAACUCCUGGCUGGACAAUAUCCUUAACAUUGCUUAAGUGCCCUGCUCCAAUUAUAUUCUGGUGAUCAUGUUUUAUAUGACCAGUUAGUAUGUGUUUUUCUACAAUGACAUGUAACUGACUUCUUGUUUAUUCAUGGAGAUUUUAAGCAAGGAAUACUGUUUUUUUUUUUUAAAACAAACAAUAUAUUUUUUUAAAUACAUUCCCAAAAGCAAGGGAAAUCUAUGAAUAUACAUGAAGAUUAAAGGAUGUUAUAUUAUAAAAUAAAAAUGUACAAAAUCAAAUGCAUGGUUAUUUUUGUGUGGGUGGGGAACUGACUGAAUAUAAACAAAUGCUGGAGCUAUGAAUAGUGUUGCCUUUCUAUAAAAACUUUAUCACUCCUGAGACGCAACCUUCAAUGUAAAGUUUAUAUUUGGAGAAUUUGGUUAAUCAAGUUUUAAUUUUCCUCCAACUAUGGAUUUGGAAUAGCCAGUAUGAACACAAAUUGUAGUGUUAAGCCCAAUUUCCAGAUUAUACUUUUUUUUUUUUUUAAGCAAAAUUUUAAAUCUUUUAUUAGCAUUCACGUUUAAAUGCUGAAUAGAAGUAAUCAUGAAGUUUGCAAUGUAUUGUUUUUUUUUUUCUUUGACCCACCUUUUUGUUGGGUGGAAUGGUGAGAUGUUCUCUUGGAUGUACUUCUUACUAGCAUAAAAAUGACUAUUCAUUUCCUGUCUUGAAACAUUACGAGCAGCUCUUUUGUAGUCAGUGGAUUGAAAAUAUACUAUCACUUUUAAAGUGUCUGGUGGUAUGUACUGGAGAAACUGAAAUCACUAACAGUCAUGCCUGCACUCUAGUGCUCAGGUAACUGUAACCUGGUAAUAAUGCAUACCUCCAAUCUGCAAACAUUUGGGACCACAAAACAUUUCACUGUGAAAAGAUUGUAUUGUGUUCCAUAAAACUUAAAAUUAGCUUGCGCUUGUAUUCUAAGAAUACAACAUACCUUUUUGUAUUUUUUUUUUUUUUACCCUGCUUCAAUUUGAGCAAUGCGCAGAGUAUGUAAUUGGUGACUAGCUCAAUCAAUAGAAAUGAUCAUACCUAGCUCCUCAGUCACUGCAGUAUAGAUAUGCUUACAUUUAAAUCUAAGAUGUGUGUUUAUGAUCUGAGCACCAUUACAACUAGUGCUUCUACUAAAUAAGGUUUAGUAGACCCACCCCCAUUUGUUGGUGCGUGUUAGGAACUGUACUGUAGCAGCUGUAAGAUACAAUAGACUUCUGUGUACAUUAUAGUUUGAGCAGGACAGCCUGAUUGCAUCUUGAUACUGCAAAUCAUGUGAAUCAAUGUUAAAACCAGUAGGAAGCAGUCUUAAGAUUUCAGGACUACGAAAUUCUAUUUUAAAAGUGCUUUAACACAUAUAUUGCGCUUGUGCCAGAUGGAAAAUUACACACUUUCAAUUAACAGUGUAUAUUUCACAUUGUUAAAAAGAGAACUGUUUAUUUCUGUUUAGUUUUAUUUCCUUUGUUUUGAGUAUUGUAAUAAAGUUACAUAUUUUUGACUCUUA